UUUUUUUACAUCUAAAUGUCAUCUUUCUUACAGUAUUAAAAUGCCUCCAAAAAGUAGCAAAAGUGCAACGGAAGCUGCAAAAGCUUCUGAUACAAGACAUUCCGUAGACGAUGCCUUACCAGAGCCAAAGUACAAAGUCAUCAACAUUCUUAUAGAAAAUUAUCAGAAUAUUAAGCCUUUUUUUCCAGUAGCCGAAGUUCUUACAACAAUAAACCAUGACGAUAAAAUUAUCGGCAACACUACUGCACUGCCUAUACUAGACGAUGAUCUUAUUCCCGUUAAUCAGACAUUUAGCCUAACAAUCAAUGUGAACAAUCCAAAAGAAUUGGAUGCCCUUGUAUCCGUACCUUUAAUUUUUAUUGUUACCCAAAAUCAAGGCACUAUCGAUAGUAGCUUAUAUUCCCAAAUACAAUUGACUAAACCGCUGCAGAAUAUACCUUUGACCAAAUCAUUUGAUAGUGUUAUUAGUAUUUAUGAAGCAUUCACAGGUCGAAAAACGGAGAUCUCAGAAGAGGCAAAAAACAAAAGGAACAAACGGAAUAAAAGUGCUAAAGGAUCUGAAAAAAGUAAGGCGGAAAAGAAAUCCAGAAAGUCACAAAAUGAGUCAAAAACUAAUUCAGAAAGAUCAUCGACUCUUAAAAGCAAAUCGUCAUCAUUAGUCAAAAGUGAUAAGCCUAAGUCUGCUGCAAAUUACGAUCUCACAUCAUUUGGAAUCUGCUGCAUGGAUUUGUUACCUGUAUUUUAUAAACCCUCCAAAUUUUCCCAAACGUUGUACAUAAAGCCUACCGUACAAUAUACUGACAAUAAGAUGUUGUCUUUCAAAGCGCAUCCAACAAUUGAAGUGACGAUUUUUAUUGAAGAAGACUUGGAUCUGGAAAACUCUACGUUUUUAAAUUUCACUCUUGAAACCAUUUACAACGUACCUGCAUUAAUGAGCGAAGAAAUGGACUACUGGGCUUGCAUAAUGUUGCCUAUGCUCAAUGGGCGGAAAUCACCUCUUCUUUUCACAAAUCCAGCUACAGUUUCAACAAAUCAGCAACCAAUUUCCAAAUUAUGGCCUGGAACCACCAGAGCAUAUAAUGAUGCUAACGCUACCGUGUACACAACUCCUGAAGAUCAUAACGAUUUGAUAAGUCGAUUUGACACAAACUAUGAAUCGUACAUUACCGAAGAGAGUCCAAGACUGGAGUUUGUAAUGAUCAAGCGACAUUUAAUGUUUAGGGAUGCUCUUACUGAACUUAUCAAUCAUAUUCACGUACACAAAAAAGUAGUCUUGGAAAUUUAUGUGGCUCCUAAAGAUAAAACCAAAAAGAAAUCUCCUAAUCUGUUUGGCAAAUCACUCGAGUUUUCAAGGAAGAUUAGAAAAAGCGCAGACUCCUUACAUUUGAUGGCCAUAUUAGAUGUGGCUGCAUUAACGUAUCCUGGAGUUCAGCAAGUACGUCUUGCAGCUCCGAUAACAACUUUUACCCCUGAAGAAGCUGCCAAUGGCGGACUAGAUGAUUCUUUUUUCUUUCCAUAUUCGAAAAGAGAUUCAAAAGAACCUAAAGACAGAGAACCACGAGAAAAUUUGCCUAAGAAAGAUAAUAAGUCCGUUAAAAGCUCUAAGUCUUCAAAGGCUAAAUCAAAGGAAGGUCACUAUAUGAAAGAUUUACUUCCUCCAAAGCCUGCGCCUCCUCCAGAACCUGAACCUAGUGUGCAAGUGUAUAAUGAAGCUGGGAAACCUUGUUUUGUAGUAGUUACGUUCGAGAUGUCGAAUCCAUUGGUGCAAGCGAAAAAGGUUGAAGAUGUACAAGAGGAUUUAUCAAUGUUAAUUAAAGAGAAACAAAAAAAUUCUGAUUUGCACCCCACAUCUAUGCUAUCGAAGUGCAUGUCAUAUGAUUAUUACAAUGAGUUAUUAAAUGCAAUGAUAUUUGAUUUGAAUGAUAAAUUUUUGACAUUCAGCAACGAGAACUGUAUGAAACCUGCAGAAUGUCUAACACGAAAGGAAUCGUCCCAGAAAAUUGCCGGCAGAUUUGUAGAGUUUCUUAAACAUGAAGGAAUUUAUGAGUCAUAUGUACAUUCUAUUACAAAAGCUACAUCUUUAAUGAUUAGUAAAGAUUUUCAACGCGUAAAUGGAAAAGAUAUUAAAGAACAUCAACAAUUUAUUGGUAAUGUGUUUGUUUUUCUCAUAUCCAAAAUGAACAAAACCGUAAACCAUUUAAUAUGUCACGAAAUGGAACCUGUGACAACAUAUAAGAAGAUUGACAACUUUUUCUUUUACGCAAAAGAAGCAAUGGAUACAAAUAGAGAAGAAAUAGCUGAAAAAUAUUUUCUUGAAAGAAUUUGUAAUGAUUCACAGAAUGCCUGUUAUUGGUUUGACUACGGAAUAUAUCUUUUAGAAAAAAAGGAAGAUGACAAAGCUUACGAGUGUAUGAAAGAAUGCUUGUUACAGCAACAACAGCACAAAUAUGGUUUAAUAGUACUUGCAGCUCUUCUGAGCAAUAAAGGACACAAAGAAGAUGCGGAAACCUGUUUCCUAAAUGUAGUGACAGACAACCCUGAAUGGUGUGAAGGUUGGGCAAUUUUCUACUUGUUUUACCAAAAAACUGAAAAUUAUGGUGGCAUGGAUAACACAUUGCGUAUGGCAAAAAAGUACAGCGAUCUUAGUGCACCUUUGGAUUAUUUUUCAGAAUAUGAGGAUUUAGUAUGGACUAGUGAAAUUUGUCCCAAAACUGUAUUCUUUCGAACAGCUAUGCUAUUGCUGAAAUUACGAUUGUAUUCAUGGACUGAACUAGCUUUAGCUCAAGAAAUAAAUACCCAUCCAGGAUUUACUCAUUAUCUUCUAUCAGCACUCUGUUAUUACAAAAGAUUAUAUCGCCACGCUUUGGAUCAUCUUGAAGAAACCAUGAAAUAUUAUGGUCCGAAUUAUGCGGCCUCAAGUCUUGCAGGACAUUGCUUUCUGGGGCUAGACCGAAAGGGAGAGGCUGAGAAACAGUAUUAUUAUGCCCUAGAAUCAUACAAUAGACCAGUUUACUUACACUUAGUGACUGUUAAUUUGGCGCAAGUAUUAAUAGAUAAAGGCGCUGACCAGGAAGCUAGAAACUUGAUGUUAUUGGCUUGCAAAUAUAAUCCGUCUCCUUAUACGUGGUAUAUGGCAGGAAAAUUAUAUUAUGAACAAAAGGACUUCCUUAGUGCUGAAGAAUGUUUUUCUGAAGCAAAUGCAAUGGACAAUACGUACGCUGAAAUUUGGGGUUAUUUGGCUCUAGUUAACUUCAAGUUACAAAGACAACAUGAGGCAGAUCAAUGUUUAAACCACGCAAUAAAGAAUAAACUUUCGGAUGAAGAUCUCCUCGAACUGAUUAAAGAUGAGUGUUCUUUGUAUAAUCACAUGUGUUCUAUCUAGUUUUAAAAUAAAUUAUUUCUUUUUAA